AUGGCUCCCUCAAAGUGUUACGCUUUCGCCUUUGUCUUCUUCACCUUCCUCCAUUUUCGCCCAACCCCUGCUCAAGGUGAUGGUGGGAAACUCAUCUUUGAAGACGGCUACACAGUCACCACAGUUCUUGACGGCGACAAGACGAACCUCAAAGUGAACCCUCACUCCAUCCAUCAACGCUCACAUCACUUCAUACUUCUCGACUCCGUUGCCAGCACUUUCUAUACAGUAUUAAUCCCAUCAUCCUCCAAUGAGACUGUGAUAAAGAAGCUGACUGGAAAUGGAGGGGCUGGGUAUCUGGAUGGUGGCUUGGACUCGGCAAGGUUCAACAAGCCAAGGAGUUUUGCUGUUGAUUACAACGGAAAUGUGUAUCUGGCAGACCAGCGGAGUAUCAGGAAGAUCACCAGCACAGGUGUGACCACAAUUGCUGGAGGCUUUUCACAAAAGGCUGGCCGUAAAGAUGGCCCUGGACGGGAUGCAUCAUUUUCAGACGAUCUCGAGCUGACCUUUGUUCCCGAAAGAUGUGCUUUGAUGAUCUCUGACCAUGGUAACAGAUUAGUUCGUCAGAUAAAUUUAAAAGAAGGAGAUUGUACAAAGCAUUCCGGAUCUGUUUUGGGGACCACCUCUGCCUGGAUUUUUGGUCUCGGGCUCUCUAGCUUGCUUGGCCUAAUCGUUGGUCUCGUGAUUCGUCCAUACCUUAUUCCACUUGAAGGUCACACAGCUCUUCAGUCCAGCUGGACAUGGACACAUUGCCCAACGAAUCUGGGGAGACAAAUAGUGAUGCUUUGUUACGGCAUCAAAAGCGCAGUUGUUAAUUCGAAAACCGUAUUUUCACUUUCUCGGCAGAUGAUCAUUUUGAGCCUCUCUCAGUUAUCUCUAACCUUACGUCCUUGGAUGGUGAAGCCUCGCGGGACCCGUGAAAAGACUGUAUCUUUGAUGGACUUGGAUGAAUUAUCUUCUGAUUAUAGUAGUAAUAGUUUUAGUAAUAACGUAAUGGUGUCACCAGAGGUAGAUGCUGAAUUAAAGGAUUUGCUCACUUUCGAUGGAAGGGAAAUGAUGGUACUUACGAAUGGAAUAGAGGAGCAAGAAAAUGGAGAAAGUAUUGAUGUUUUGUUAGACAAGCACAACAAGAUAGAUGGUAUGAUAAGGGAUAAUCUCGUUAACUUUGAAGAGCAAGCGCGCAAUGUUCGCCCAUCUGUGGAGUGUGGCUCGGUGGGCUUGGUUAAGCGGAGAUGA